UCCCAUGUAUUCCCUUUUCUUGAUUCUUCAUUUCCUUUUUUGGCAGCCAAGUUGUCGUUAAGGCCUCACUUUUUCACCCCACUUGAAAGAGUUGAAAGAUUGAGAAAAGUUGGAAAAAAGAGAAAAGUAGAAGUUAAGUUUCACCUUUCUUGUUAGAGGAUAAGGAGUUCUGUUAAGUCUGUCCUAUACUCUCUUAUAAGAAUUUGGGCAGUUUCUAACUCUAAUGCCUUUGGGGGCAUAAAGGUUAAAGAUUAGUACCUUUCGGAAGGUAGUAAGAGAACCUAUUUAGUAUGAGGAAACCACUUAGUUUAAGUUAUUUUUACAUGGAAACAUCGAAUUCAUGGUUGAUUCGGUCGGAUCUUAUCUUUGCCUGAAAUGUACCAACGACAAGAGUCGAUUCUCUUGUCCUUAGUUGUUGGUUUUGUUCUUUUUCAGGGAUCGAACAUAUCAGAAUAUGAUCUUGGGGGAGAAGGGGAUCUCUUUAAAGCUCCACAACCAAUUAUUGAAGAACCAUUGAUGGGCCUUGAUCCUAUGACUGCUGCUAUUUCUAUGAUUUCUUGUUCAGAAGAUGCCAUCUCCCCACAGGGACUCCAAGUUUCGGAUCUAGAAACUUCUUUUGAGAAUGAACAACUCCUCAGUGAAGUUUUUUAUGAAUGCAAAAACGAUCUAUUUGGAAAAGAUGCAUCAUUUGAUAUGCCGCUUUCUGAAGUCUUGGACAUGAAAAUUCCUAUUGUGAAGGCCGAUGAAAACUUGGAUUCUGAGGGAUCUUUCCAGAAAAGUAUUAGUUCAGGGUGUCUAAGCUCCAUGGACUGGAUGCAUGGACCUCCAAUGAGACCAAAUUUUAUAGAUUUUGGUGGAAUGGACUUCGGAGCUGCUUAUGGUAUGCGAAGAGCAUUCAGUGAAGGAGACAUAAAGACUCUGGGUAAUGGCAACAUAAAUCUGAUCCAUUCUCCACGGGGUCAACCACAGACUGUCGGAAGUUCCACUUCUGAAACCCUUCGCAAGGAACAGCUCUCCAGAUACCGGAACAAGAAGAAUAAAAGGAAUUUUGGCAGAAAAAUCAAGUAUGCUUGCAGAAAGGCAUUGGCUGAUAGCCAACCUAGGAUCCGUGGAAGGUUCGCCAAGACCGAAGAAAUUGACACAUCGAAGAAGCAUUAACUGAUUAACUGUCUAUGAGUUGGAAGAAUUACAUAGUAAGGUAGUAAUGGGGGGGAAAUGUAUUCACUGGUUAUAUUAGCUGCUGAUAUAAAUAGCAAAUGGAAGCUAGCUAGCUUUAGAUAGGAUCUGCUUAAAUAAGCUGGGGGAUCCAUCCAACAUCUUUGCAAGUUUGUUAAAAAUCUUUGGGUAGCGGCAAUAAUCUUUGUAGAUUAGACAAACCAACUAGUGUUGUAUAUAGUGUUUGUUAAAUAAAACCUUGUUAUUAAUGCUGCC